UUCCUAUCAGUAAUGUCGUUGAAUUUUUAUUGUGUCUAGUGAAAAUGAUAAUUGAAACAGUAUAAAUAUAUUCUACACAUAAAAGAAAAGAAAAAGAACAGUGCUUUAAGUUGAUUGAUUAUUUAAAUAUAAAGAUCAAGAAGAGAGUUUAUAUAAGAAAUAACAAUGUUACGUAGUACUAUCAAUACAAUAUUACUAAGAGGAAUGUAUUCUUCACGUAACUUAAUGCCUAUUGAAUGUUCAUCGCAUUUUUCGUAUACUCGUCAGAAAGCAAUUGUACAAACGAAUAUGGAACAAAAGCGAUAUUAUCAAAAUUUUGGGCAUAAAAGACCACCAAUGGAUAGACAUUCUUACUUGCUAAUUAUUGUUGGAUCAAUUCUGAUCUAUACUCUCACCAAUUUUAUAGAAUAUCCGAGAAAAGUAAAAUUUCCAAAAGUAGAUGCCGCUGAUUUGUUACAAGAGAAUGAUGAAGAAGAAGAAGAUAAAAAUGUGAAUACCACAGAACAGGAUGAUCAUAAAAAGAAAAAAGGAAAAAAAGAGAAGACAGGAUUUCGUGAUAGAAAGAUAAUAGAAUAUGAAAAUAGGAUCAGAGCUUAUUCAACGCCAGAUAAAAUUUUUAGAUAUUUUGCUACUGUAAAAGUAACUAGUUUAAGAGGUACAGAGAUAUAUAUGACACCUGAUGAUUUCUUAAGAGCUAUUACACCUGGCAUGAAACAACCAGAUGGUCUCGGAUUGGAUCAAUAUAAAAAAUAUGAUCCCAAGAAUAUUCAUGAAAAAUUAGAAUUAGCAUUGGAUGAAAACAGUAUCUUUUAUAAAUUAGGAAGUGCUGGGCUUAUCACAUUUUCUGAUUACAUUUUCUUAUUAACAGUGUUAUCAACUUCUAGGCGUCAUUUCGAAAUAGCAUUCAGAAUGUUUGAUUUUAAUGGUGAUGGCGAUGUAGAUUCUGAAGAAUUUGGAAAAGUUGCUACGUUAAUACGUCAACAAACUAGCAUUGGUAAUCGUCAUAGAGAUCAUGCUAAUACUGGUAACACAUUUAAGGGUGUAAAUUCAGCUUUGACAACUUAUUUCUUUGGUCCUAAUAUGAAACAGAAAUUAACAAUAGAGAAAUUCCUAGACUUUCAGGAACAACUACAAAGAGAAAUUUUAAGUCUUGAGUUUGAGCGCAGAAAUCCGGAUGAAAAUGGUAAAAUAACCGAAGUAGAUUUUACCGAGUUAUUAUUAGCAUAUGCUGGUUAUUCUGAUAAAAAAAAAGCAAAAAUGUUAAGGAGAGUAAAAAAAGCUUUCAAAGAAAAUCCAAAAGGAAUUAAUAAAGAGGAGUAUCUCAAGUUCUUCCAUUUUUUAAAUAAUAUUAAUGAUGUUGAUACGGCUUUAACAUUUUAUAAUAUAGCAGGUGCUUCUAUUGAUCAAGCUACAUUAAAACAUGUAGCAAAAACAGUUGCGCAUGUAGACUUAAGCGACCAUGUUAUCCAAGUUGUAUAUACAAUAUUUGAUGAAAACAUGGAUGGACAACUUAGCAAUAGAGAGUUUGUAGCAGUAAUGAAAAAUAGGGUACUUCGUGGCUUAGAAAAACCAAAAGAUACAGGAUUUAUUAAAUUAGUACAAUCACUAAUUAAAUGCGCAAAAAAUAGUUACUUUAUUCAGUUCGAUAAAUAAUUAUUUAUAAUUCAUAACAUUAAUAUUAAUUCCUUUUUGUAUUUAUAGAUUAUUUUUUAUAACAAUUUUAUGUAAUUAUAAUUUAUUUAUUCAAUUUAUAUAUUUCUGUAGAUAUAAUUUUUCAAUUUUAGCCGUGUCUAUACUGUUCUAUUUAUAAUGUAAUAAUGCUUAAGAUAGCAAUUUGAUUCUUUUUAAAUUAAUGAAAAUAUUGCUUAUACAUGUUUCUGUGAAACCGUUCAUUAGAUAAACAGAAUCUCAUAUAAUUGAAUCAAUUCUAUAUACUGAAAUAAAAGAAAUAUUUAUAUAAAAUACCAAAUAAUUUAUGUUAUUAUUAGGAUAGAUAUCUGAAAAUAUAUUUGGCAGUAGAUAAUAAUACAUUAUUGUCAAAAGUAAGAAAAAAAAAAGAUAAUACUAUCAUAGUACAAGAUGUAAUAAAUUCCUUUCACAUCUGUUUAGUAAAUAGAGCAUAACAUGUAAAAGUUC